AUGGCAGGCAAAUUUUGGACGACUCGUCGACAGCGUGUUUUUCACUACGGUUGCUCUUUUCAUCAGCGGAUUUGGCUUGUUUCUGCUGGGGGAACUGUACAAGAAUGUUGUCCAGCAAGAGGCAAAGAAGCUAAGCAAAAUUGCCAAUGUGGUGGUGAGGCUCUUUCCUUUCCCGGAGAAGAAGUUUGA